CCUGAGCGAGCAGCAGUGCAGUCGAGCUGGAGCCCAGCGAGCUAUAGUCCGUGCAAAUGAAGCCACCGUCCCUGAAUAACAUGUCUUCCCUUAUGAUUAUUUGCACCAAAUAAGACUUGACAAUCCUUUAUUUAUUUAUUUUUUGUGCGAGGAUUCCGACGGUACCCAUCGUCGCAUUCCUGAUUCUCCCCUCCUACCGCCUCAAGGAUCAGCACCUCCCGGAGGCUGAAUGGAAGCCGAGGGAGCAGUCGGGCUGUCGGAGGCCAGGGACGCGAGUCCUCUAUCCGGGGCCGCAUCAUCCGAUGAUGCUGACACGGUCGUCGGGGUUAGCUCCGGAAUGGACGCCGGAGACAUGGAUGCUGCGAGGAAAGCGUUCAUCACGGAGAUGCCGUCCUCCUCGGGCCUUCCCGGUCAGGGGAAGAAAAUCGGCCACAGAGGGGUGGAUGCUUCCGGAGAAACCACUUACAAAAAGACCACCUCCUCUGCCCUGAAAGGAGCCAUCCAGCUCGGAAUCGGUUACACAGUGGGCAACCUGAGCUCAAAGCCCGAGCGGGAUGUGUUGAUGCAGGACUUCUACGUGGUGGAGAGCAUCUUCUUCCCGAGCGAAGGGAGCAACCUGACUCCAGCUCAUCACUUCCCGGACUUCCGCUUCAAAACGUACGCCCCCGUGGCCUUCCGCUACUUCCGGGAACUGUUUGGCAUCAGGCCCGACGACUACUUGUACUCCCUAUGUAACGAGCCACUGAUUGAGCUGUCCAAUCCCGGCGCGAGCGGCUCCGUCUUCUAUCUCACCAAGGACGACGAGUUCAUCAUCAAGACGGUCAUGCACAAGGAGGCGGAGUUCUUACAGAAGCUGCUGCCCGGCUACUACAUGAACUUGAAUCAGAACCCUCGCACUCUGCUGCCCAAGUUCUUCGGCCUCUACUGCGUCCAGUCGGGCGGCAAGAACAUCCGCGUGGUGGUGAUGAACAACGUGCUGCCCCGCGUGGUGCGAAUGCAUCUCAAGUACGACCUGAAGGGCUCCACCUACAAGAGGCGAGCGUCCAAGAAGGAACGCGAGAAGGCGCGGCCCACCUUCAAGGACCUGGACUUUAUGCAGGACCUGCAGGAGGGACUCAUGCUGGAUCAGGACACGUUCAACGCGCUGGUCAAGACGCUGCAGAGGGACUGUUUGGUGCUGGAAAGCUUCAAGAUCAUGGACUACAGCCUCCUGCUGGGAGUUCACAACAUGGACCAGGCGGAGAGGGAACGGCAGAUGGAAGGCUCCCAAGGCGACAGCGACGAGAAACGGCCCAUGGCCCAGCAGAAGGCUCUCUAUUCCACCGCCAUGGAGUCCAUCCAGGGCGGGGCCGCCUGCGGAGGCUCCAUCGACACCGAAGACACGAUGGGCGGCAUCCCUGCCGUCAGUGGCAAAGGAGAACGUCUUCUGCUCUACGUGGGCAUCAUUGACAUCUUGCAGUCGUACAGGUUAAUCAAGAAACUAGAGCACACGUGGAAGGCUUUGGUGCACGACGGGGACACCGUCUCGGUCCACCGGCCCGGAUUCUACGCCGACAGGUUCUUCAAGUUCAUGAGCAGCACUGUUUUCAGGAAGAGCUCUUCUUUGAAAUCAUCUCCAUCCAAGAAGGGCCGCGUGUCGCUUACCGUGCCCAAGUGCGGCGGUCCCGGCGCUGCCUGGUCCGCCAGCCAGCUGACCUCCGAGAGAGACGAGAACAUCUACGACUUGAGAGGCGCUCGCAGCUUCCCCACGCUGGAAGACGAAGGGCGAGCCGAUCUCCCGUGCACGCCUCCGUCGUUCGAGGAGGCCACCACGGCGUCCAUCGCCACCACCCUCUCCUCCACCACCUCUUUGUCCAUCCCGGAACGAUCUCCCUGUGACACCGUCGAGCACCCGCGCUACAGGAGAUACACGCAGUCUCUAAGCCACGAUGGAAGGACCCAGGAGGAGCUGCGUGUGCGCGAGGAAGAUCAGCAGACCAUCACGGUGGAGGUGGAAUUAAAAAGACACGACAGCGAGCCCACCUUCUCCAUUCCGCAGCCGUCUCCUGAACCCAGCAGUGAGGCUCAGGAGGCCGCCGGUGCCUCUUCCGACGCUUCGCAAGCUACCGAAGCCCCCUCCUCCUCCUCGCCCGUCGUCGUCGUCGUUCCCGCGUCUGUCGAGGCCACUCCGUCCAGUCCCAAACCGGCGGCGGCGGAGACACCCAGCUGCGCGUCGGGCUCGGGGUGCACCAGCCAGGCUUCGGUGGACGACGAGGACGACGUGCCGGUCACGGAUAUCUACUUUUUCCCCGACGGAAGGACUUGGGUGGUCCCACCUCUCCGUCAGAGGAGCAAGUGGCGGUCCGGCUGGCCAGUAAGUGAGCCCAGCCAGGCAUCAGACAUCAGUUUUAGAUUAGACUCGGUGGCGUGCAACUUUAGACCCCAGUGGAACUUAGUGAAACCUCCAAAGUAGGACAUAAUUCAUUCCAUGACUGGCUCCUCACUUGAGAAAGAUGUUUGCAUGAUGGUACUGUCGCAUAUGGUGGCAUUUUACAGCUGUUGCCGGAAGUGAUAAAACCUCUAAAUCCAUCACCCUUCCCCUUUUUCAUUACUCACAUGACCUCCUAGAAGACCCUGGACUCGAACACACUGUGCGAUAAGCGCCGCUUCUGGCUUGAAGGAUUAACACAAGCUUGUCUAGGCAACAUUUCCCCCCUUUAUGCAUCCCCUAACUUUCAUUUCCUGUCUUGUCUUUUCUCCUCCUGCGACCUCCUGCAUCUUUCUUCCCGCCUGCCUGCCUGCCACUGCCGCCGCCGCUUAUCUCUGUGCCUCUGUCCCCCUGGCGCCCUCUGCUGUGUUUGGCGUGUAAAAAAACAAACAAACAAACCAGCCUCCAGAGGACAGGACCUGGGUGUACUCUCCGCUACACUAUGGCUCAGAGUCUAAGGCCUUGCCAGAUGGG